AUGCUGGGGAUGGCAGCAGAGGAAGAUGUUGAGUUGUCAAUGUUGAAGUCUCAGCUGAGCCAAACGCAGGAAAUAUGGAAGCAGGAGAUGGAAGAGCGCCAAUCGCAAGUGGAUGUAUUACAAAAAAAGCUUAUGGAGGUGAAGGUUUGUAUAGAGGGGUCUGAGGAAAAUUCGAAAAAGGAACUAGAGGUUCUUUGGCGGAGAGUUAAAACUACCGCAACGCUGUUAACAUACUUGAAAUCAAAAGCAAGAUUAAUGGCUGUUCCUCAUUUAGCGCAUACAUCAUGUGGCAUCAAACAAUUAGAAGGGGUGGGGCUUGUUGAUAAAGAUGGCACACCGUUGUCUGGUUGGUCUAGGAAUGUUGAUCUUUCUUCCUUUGAUAGUCCAGAUGAAGACACUUGGAUUGGGAUUAGUAAGCAACAUGGUCCUCUGGAUGAACAAGAUGCAACUUAUAUUGGUGAACUACUUAAGUCUGUGCAGAUGGUUACAGAUGUAAUGGAAGCUCUUGUCAAGAGAGUUGUACUGGCAGAAUCCGAAACUGCAAUUGAGAAGGAGAAGGUAACUGUUGGUGCGGAGGAACUUAAGAAAAAGUCUAUCCAAAUUGAGAAUAUGUCUUUGAAGUUAGAAGAGAUGGAACGGUUUGCUCUAGGUACAAAUGGUAUUCUAACGGAAAUGAAGCAGAGAGUUGAGGAUUUGGUUGAAGAAACAUAUAGACAGCGUCAACGAGCUGCAGAAAAUGAACAGGAGCUUUGUCGUGUGAAGCGGGACUUUGAGUCUCUAAAAUCAUAUGUUAGCAGUCUCAUCACUGUACGAGAAACACUGCUUUCAUCAGAGAAGCAGUUCCAAACUAUUGAAAAGCUGUUUGAGCGGCUAGUCGCAAAAACAACACAGUUAGAGGGUGAGAAAAUCCAGAAAGAGACAGAAGUUCAGAAACUUAUGGAAGAAAAUGUGAAGCUGAGUGCUCUUCUUGACAAGAAAGAGGCCCAACUUCUGGCCAUGAAUGAACAAUGCAAGGUGAUGGCUUUGAGUGCUUCGAACAUCUAA